AUGGAGUCGGAUCUGAAAAAAAAAAAAAAGGAUCGAUUAAUUCCGAAUGAAGGUCCAUUUUGUCAGAAUCUUCUUUAUCAUUGUUAUCUCCAGAAAAUUGAUGUGACACCUCCUUUCUCAUAUGGACCAGGUACCUGUGAUUGUGAUGUUGUUCAUUGUCGCAUCCCAUCUUACCCUCAAGGUAUCUGUAUAAAUAACCGUCCUUUUAUCAGGGCCUUUCCAUUUCAGCUUCUUAAAUAUUUCAUCCAGUCUAACAGUUGUGCUUUGCUUUCUUCUGAAAGGUCAACAAAGGAAUUCCAUUUUCCGGUUCGUAGUUGGCGGAUUUUAUCUCUUAAUAGUUAUCGGGAAAACAAUUGUUCUGGUAUUAUAAUGUUCGAUACUUCCGAGAUCGCAUAA